AUGUCGAUGCGUUCAGCAACAGUGAGAUUUUCCUAUAAAGCAGCACAUGAGGAUGAACUUGACCUGGAAGUAGAUGAUAUAAUUGAUGUUCUAGACGAAGCAGAAGCAGGAUGGAUGAAAGGAAAAUUAAGGAGUACGGGUCGGAUUGGAUUAUUUCCUACUAAUUUUGUUCAUUUCCUUGAUAAAACAACGGGUAAUAGUGAUACUUUGAAAUCAAACGAUGCCAAGAAGAAUUUUUCGGGUGAUAUGCUGCCCGAAAUGCCUACCUCACGAUUAUCCCUAGUAAGUGAACCGUCAGAGAAUCGUAUAAAUUACCACAUAUCUGGUGCCACAGCUACAACUUUGGGAAAAAAAAAAGUGAAUUCACGAGCACGUGUUCUAUUCACUUAUUCGCCAAAACAUGAAGAUGAGCUUGCACUUCGUGAAGUAGGCCAAAUAGUUGAAAUUGUAAGCAAAUCCAGUGAAGAUCCUGGUUGGUUACUAGCUGAAGUUGAUGGCAAACAAGGAUUGAUUCCAGAUAAUUUUGUUGAGAUUUUAAGGCCUUCAGUUCCGAUUAACACUACAAAUCCAGAAAUAAACAAGAUGCCUUUACCGCCAAAUGUGCCCGCCAAACCAGUAUCAAAGACAGUAACUCUGUCAUCUGGUGUUGGUCGUCGUGCUACAACUUCUUCAAUGUUCGCUCAAAUGCAUUCCAGUCUUGCUGAUGCUUUCACGAAACCACCGAAGCAGUUUACUGCUAGAACUCCAAAAACGGGAGAGGGCUUGACUGAUGAAGGACAACCAGGUGAUCGUUUAUCUCACAUAACCGCAACUCGACCUAAACAACCGAAUAAAAGACCUCCGUCCACUGUUUUCAGAACGAAAUCAAAUGAAGCCUCAGCUAACGAUGAUAUGUUGACGGCUGAAUGUGGAAGAAUUUCACCUGCAACAUCGACAGCUACUUCUUUGUCUAGCAGUUACACACAACAACCUUUAUCAAUAACAUCUUCUAUAAAAUCAAUAAAAGUGCAGCAAGUAUUAUCACCGAGAAAUAGUAGCAGUGAUAUUAAUGAUGAAUUUGUGCCACGUAGUGAAUAUAAUCGCUUGGUUCAACAAUUUGAAGAAUUACUCACAACAAUGAAUAAAUUUCGUUUGGAAAUGUGUCAAAAAGUGUCCAUGCUGGAAGCUAAAAUUGCCAAACAAUGA